AUGCUGCCGCGGGGGCGCAGUGGCACAGAGUACCCCGCGCGGUUCGGGCGGCAGCAGCCGGCUCCAGGAGGCGCCCUGGAGGGAGCGGAGGAGGCGGCGCCGCUGGGGCCCGCGCAGGUGCUCACCGCCGGCCUCCUGACCCUGCUCAUCGUCUGGACCCUGCUGGGCAACGCGCUGGUGUGCGCGGCCGUCGUGCGCAGCCGCCACUUGCGCGCCAGGAUGACCCACGUGUUCAUCGUGUCUCUGGCCGUGUCCGACCUCUUCGUGGCCUUGCUGGUCAUGCCCUGGAAGGCUGUGGCGGAGGUGGCCGGCCACUGGCCCUUCGGCGCCUUCUGCGACGUGUGGGUGGCCUUCGACAUCAUGUGCUCCACCGCCUCCAUCCUGAACCUGUGCGUCAUCAGCGUGGACCGCUACUGGGCCAUCUCCAGCCCCUUCCGCUACCAGCGGAGGAUGACCCGGCGCGUGGCCCUGGGCAUGGUGGGCCUGGCCUGGACCCUGUCCAUCCUCAUCUCCUUCAUCCCGGUCCAGCUCCACUGGCACAGGGACGAGGCAGGCUCCCCGGGCGCCGUGGACCCGCCGCCAGCCGACCUGGCCAACGGGACGUCCUGGGGGAGAGCGGGGGACCCAGAGGUGCGGGAGGAGAACUGUGAUUCCAGCCUGAACCGCACUUACGCCAUCGCCUCCUCGCUCAUCAGCUUCUACAUCCCCGUGGCCAUCAUGAUCGUGACCUACGCGCGCAUCUACCGCAUCGCGCAGGCGCAGAUCCGCAGGAUUGCCUGCCUGGAGAGGGCGGGGCAGCGCGCGCAGCGUUGCGGGAGCCCCGUGGGCGGUGCGCCGGAGCCCGGCCUGCGGGCGUCCAUCCAGAAGGAGACCAAGGUGCUGAAGACCCUGUCGAUGAUCAUGGGGGUCUUCGUGUGCUGCUGGCUGCCCUUCUUCCUCCUGAACUGCAUGGCCCCCUUCUGCAGCCGCCGCCCCGAGGGCGCCCGCGCCGGCUUCCCCUGCGUCAGCGACACCACCUUCGACGUCUUCGUCUGGUUCGGCUGGGCCAACUCCUCCCUCAACCCCGUCAUUUACGCCUUCAACGCGGACUUCCGGAAGGUGUUCGCCCAGCUGCUGGGGUGCGGCCGCCUCUGCUCCCCGCGCACCGGGGUGGCCACGGUGACCGGCAGCCACGAGCUCAUCUCCUACGACCAGGACACCGUCUUCUCCGGGGAGACCGCCGCCGCCUACAGCCACGUGGUCCCCAGCGAGGUGACCCCCCGCCACAGGGCGGGGGACCAGGAGGAGGAGGAGGAGGGCCCUUGGAAUCACAUGGGCCGGAUCUCUCAGGCGUCCCCAGAGGGUGACCCUGCCGCCGAGUCCGUCUGGGAGCUGGACUGUGAGGGGGAGACUUCUUUAGGCAAAACAACGCCUUUCACCUCCAGUGGGUUCCAUUAA